GUUGAAUUGGCAAACACCACAUCAUGAUUGCCUGCCUACCUGCAGGACAAUAUGGAACCACAUCAGUGUUAGAGCCCGCAGUGCCAAUAACUAGCUAUAACACAAGAGAUUUCGUUGAAGAAGGAAGAAUGUCCGACCGGACAGCUAACAUACAUGUGUACGCCGUGCAGCUCCCAUUACUGAUCAUACCGCUUAUGCGACAGGCGCAGCCUGUGACAACAAGGGAGCAGCUUAGGUUGGAGACUAGAGCAUUGUGCUUUGAAAUGGAGGCAGCCAGUCUGAUAUUGGACUUUCCCUGCAUUGUCAUCUGCGGCGUUUAUGUGACGGCUCAGCACAGCGCCGUUGUUGACAAACAUCAUCAACAUGGUAAACGAUGCCAUGCGAGCAAUUAAGAUAAACGGCUGCUUAGCGAGACCACACAACCUCUAUAAACCUCUUUAUCUAGAUAAGCC